AUGCAAACUGCAUUUCAAACACUAACAAUAGCAGAUGGUAUAUUGGCAAUUAAGCAUGACCAAGAACCAUCGGCAACGCCACCAACAGUGGUGUCACCGUUGCGUGACCUAAGCCGUCCGUUGAAGAGUACUGUUUCCAGCGGAACUAGAUCAGAAGAUUUGGGUGAUUUCAUUCUUGAGGAGAACUAUUUGGAAGAUAGUUGGGGCCUUCAUUCAAGUGUGGUAACUAGUACUUAUUCCUAUCCAGAAAAAUCCGCAUCAAGCAAUUCAAACUUACCAGAAACAACUUCAGAUCAGUUUACACCUGUGAAUUCUUCCACAUUAUUACCAGUCGAUUCUAGAAUGUAUUAUCGCUUGUACUGGGAUUCCUCUGAUUCAGAGCUGGAUUCAAUAUCAUUUGAAGAUUUUUCCCUAGAGCAUUUUUCGCCUGCCAUGGAGAAUACAUUUGAAGGGUACAGCGCAGAUACUUAUCUUGGUGACGACUUUAAUGCUCAUAAUUCAAAAGCCUUCAUUUGA